AUGCACCCGACCGCACCUCUCAUCACCAAUGUCGCCCGGGAAAAGAGCAUACAAGUAGUCCACAACACCACAAACAGUUCGUCUCAAGGGAGGGUUCCUGCCACGUCUGCUACCCAGUACGCCUCUGCCAUCAAACGCGUUGGACAUCCACGGCGAGAGCCUGGACCUGACCGGAUCUACGAGGCACCACCAACCUCAGCCGGGAAGCUGGGACUCACGGCGGCUGCCAUCCACCAUCGCUCAUUUCCAGCCGCGCAUUCCACGAGGGGGUCCCCUGUCCACAGCCGCCGCCUCCCCAAUCUUGCCAGGCCACCACAUCGAGAUUUGAGGUUUGCAACCAAGAACCCUACCAUAUCCGCGUCAGUCUCUGCGGAGGCGCCACUACAACCUGCAGCAUAA